AUGGUAGCAGUCCAGCAAAGUGGGAGCCUAGAUGCAAUGGAUGAUGAUGCUCACGAUAAGCUACAUGGGUUGCUACACCGGUACUCCGAAGCUGUCGAUAACCUAGAAAAGAUGAACCUUCGACCACUGAUGCCCUCGCCACCCCUCCCAGCGCAGCGAGAUGGCGACAUCGAAGCAAAGCCCGUAGAACUGGAACCGGAGCCCGUCCCAUUCGAACGUGUCGGAGUCCUGACUCCCCGACCGCCUAAAUCCCUGGAAAAGGUACGAGGUGCCAUGGCCGAAUAUCUCAACUUCACCCUGAGCACCAUCAUCCAAUUGAUCUUCGCUGGAAGCAUGGGCGCCGCGUUGGUAGUCCCCAUGCUCAUCAUGGUUUUACACCCCUCAACCAAGAACAGCCUGAUAGUGACCUGCGUGUUUGUAUUUGCUUUUGCUUCGUCGCUCGUGCUGUUCAAUAUCAUCGCAUACCUGGCUAGAGGCUUGCUUGCACCACUAGGCAUCGGCGCGAAUGCACUUGAUGGGUCGGUUUUGCAGGUGAAGGAUAUUGUUGGUGCUACGGCGGCAUAUGCGGCUGUGCUUGUUGUGUUCGUGGGCACGAGCAUAUCGAUCCAUUGA